UUAGAAUACAGGCAGGAUGAAAUUAGGACAAUGGAAUGUAUCUUGUUCUUUAUUGUUCCAAAUGCAAAUAAAUUUGAAACCAAUGCGCCACUAAGUGAUAAAAUAAUUAGAUGCAGACAGCUUCUUAAAGAACAUUGCGAUAUAUGUCUUUGCCCCAAAAGAGGAAACCAUAAAAGAUGCCCUAUGUAAAGAUGGCCGCUUUACGUCUCUUCUAAAAGAAAGAGAUUGGGUGCUAAUGGAGAAUAAAAAGUCCAUAGCAAACAGCCUCAAAGUUAAAUCAUUAUCUAACAAGAAGUUUACUGUUCAUGUGAAGACUGAGAAACGGGCCAGAUCUACUAAAGGUCCAAAUAAUGAACUGGUCCCUCCAGUUUCUCAAGCGGCACAACUCAAAGCUUUGUAUUCUUUUAAAUCUGAUCUCCUAAACGCAUAUCCUGAUCUAGAGAAACAGAGCGAAAUAAUCAAUAACUUCUUUCAAAAUGUCAGGAAGCAACCUAAACAUAAGAAUGAUAUUUUUCGAGUGUACAAAGAAGCCUUUUGCAAGGAGAAAAAGAAUUCAAUUCCAGUUAAACUGGCAUAUCUCCAUGUUAAUCUCAGUCAUUCAGUUGGGUAUAUAAUGUGGGACAAAUUUUUAAAGAAGGGGUCUGCUACUUGUUUUGUCUUAUGUGACAAGUACAUACUCACCUGCCACCAUGUGGUAAAGUUCAUAGUUGGAGAAGGUGUGGAAGAAAAAGACUGGGCGCGCAAAAUAAGCCAGUCAGCCUGUGUGACUUUCUCUUAUGUAGAUUCACACCCAAAUUCUGAUCCUGGUAACUGGUUUGAGCUUGAAGAAUGGUUUGAAAUAUCAGAUAUGGAUCUUGAUUUUGCUGUCCUGAAACUAAAAGAAAAUGAAAACAAAAGUUCACCUCCUGACGGCUUGGUGGAAUUCACCUUCGAUCUACCAUGCAAUGGUCUUAUUGAUAUCAUUGGUCAUCCAGAUGGAGAAACAAAGCAGAUAGAUGGCUGUUCUGUUAUCAACGUGAAUGAACGCCCAGAAGAGUUGUUACAUCGCGUACAGCAGGAACAAGAGACACAAUGCAUUGAAUGUGGAAUCGAUGCCAACGGUACAAAAUGCAUCCAUUUAUACAAUCCUAGAGGUUUCCCAGAAGCCAUCGAUAAUCAUAAUACAGUCACCUAUGACACCUCUUUCUUCCAUGGCUCUUCAGGUUCACCUGUGUUUGACAGAAAUGGCCGCUUAGUUGCAAUGCAUGCUGCAGGAUAUCUUUAUAGAGGAAAGUGUAAAGAGAAGAGCAUAAUUGAAUUUGGUUAUUCAAUGAUGUCAAUCCUUGCAGUAAUUGAAAAGAAGAAUAAAUCUUGGUAUGACUCCGAAAUUGGACCUUUUCUACAGGCGGGUUGUGAUGUUGAAAAGAAUGCUGUUGGUGCGUACCCUACAGAUGUGGAAAUGAUACCAGUUGAUUAGCUCAAUCCCUUUUAUCUAAACAAGUCUGACUUGGCCACAGUUCUCCACGCUCUUGUUACAUCUUGAAUAGACUACUGCAACGCACCGUCAGGCUUCCCCCGCCCCUGCGGGGGGGCGCUUUUCCCCACCCCCUGCGCGGCGCCGACGGGGGGGGGGCUUUUCUCCACCCCCGCUUAAUAUUUUAAAUUAUCUCCGGCCGGCCCUGCUGAUGUUACUCUUUGUUAAGAGAUAUGUAGUAUCCUGAACUGUAUUCUUUUGGAACUAAGAUGUUUUUACCUGUAUGACCACCAUCAUACAAGAUUGUGAGUAAACAUAUUUUUACUAUUUUACUUUUGAUGUCUCUGAUGCUUAUUUUAUGUGCAUGACUCUUUAAAGGGAAAAGGAGGCUGGCUAUUUUGCUUUUUCUCACCUCUGCUCACAUAAACCCCUAGUCUUCUGCAUUUUUGCUACUCUGCACCAAUAUCUAACCAUAUUGGUAUCAUAAUCCUAACAGGUUAUAAAUAUAUUCCUAAUAUAACUGUUGUGUUUUUGGCAUUUAAUAACUGGUGAGAAGGAUGGGAAACAAAUGUACAAAAUAAAAUAAAUAAAUUUAACUUUGAAUAUAUUUUAAUUGAUUUUAACUGUUUUUAAAAAUACUGUUAUAUUUAAUUCUGUUUUAAUGUUUGCAUAUUUUAUAUUUUAAAUUGUAUGCUAAUGCUUUUAUUUUAAGCCACUUUGAGUCUCCUUUGGGAGAGAUAAAAUAGAGUAUAAAUAAAUAUAAUAAAUAUAAUAAUAACAAUGGGGAUAUUUUUACUUUAAAAAUAAUUCAAACUAAAUUCAAAAGUUAUGUUUUAAUAUUGGGAAUGAACACAAAAUCAUUUGUCAUAAUUUUCAAUAAAAGCAGAUCUAAGAAUAAAUCCAGAUGUAAGUUGCAUUUAUGUAUCACAGUGUUGUGAUGGAAGAAGCUGAAUUGAGGCACGUAAAGCAAUGGCAGAGGGGGAAAUGUAAAAGCAGAUAGCUGUGUUUAUUGAAAUAUACUGGAGUUUUGAUGAGUUUAUUUUAGGGAUUUUGGCUGGGAUACAAAGACACUGAGAAGCCUACAACUGCUGUUGUUCUCAAAGAUUUAUUUAGGGGAAAACUCCCUAAAAAUAAUCAAUACAGCUCCCGUUUGUAAAAAAACAAAAACAAAAA